CAUCACACCCCUCUAAUGUGGCCGCUGCAUGCUCUGCAGCCAUGUCAGCAAGUGACUUGGGAACAAAGUUCAACAUCACGAGUUUAGGAUUUCAGGAAGUGAAUUUUAAGGAACGAGUGGAAACUGAGAAAUCACAGUGUUAAAAAGGUUUGUGUUCCAGACAUGGAGAUCAGCUUUGUGUUGCUGUGCAUGAUGCUGGUAGCUAGUGUGACACCAGCGUCUGCUGCAGCACAGGUAAGACCUGCUCCUAUUGCUAUUGAACCAGGCAUCAUAGAGAGCCUCCUAUUGGCCACCCAGCAGCGUCCCUGGCUCUGGAGUGUCUAUGUCUUCACUGUUGGACUUCCUGUCAUUCUCUUCAUUAGCUUCAUGUGGCCUGACAAGAGGUUUGGGCCUCCUGAUCAACAGUAUUACUAUAAGAAAUCUGACGAUGCUCAACCAGAUGAUCUGGAGAUCCCAGAGCGCACAGUGGAUACCAAAGGAAAAACUGACAGUGCUGUGACAAGGAGAAGAGACACCCAAGGUAACCAGGGGAAGUCUGACUUAGACCUGAAGGAUCACUGAUCAGUGCAACAACCUCAGGAGAGGGAAGCAAUACCAGCUCGCAAGAGGAUGCUGAGCGAUCACAUCUCUGCCCAGUCGUACUGAUGGCUGGAUAAAAUGACACCGUGUAAACACAACAAUGCCUGAGGAAUGAACUACAGAUUGUAUUAUGGUUUUGUUUAAUUAACAAUGUCAGAAAAGUCACAUUAUAAUUAUUUAUACAUAUAAUUUUUUAUUUUUACAUAUUUCUAAUUGUUCCCAUAGAAUGUGCCACUUUUAGUGUGAACAGUCAUUUGACGCUAAUAAAACGCGCCCUUUCACACAAAAUGGUUUUGUUUGUUUUAUCAUAGUCAGGAUCUGAUAGUGACCUCCACAUAUACACAAUAGACUGUAACCGGGCAUAAGAAUGAUACUUGUCUUUAGUAAUUGUUUAUAUGGAUUGUGACAUCAUUGAAACAUCUAGAUGGAUACCAUGAAUGGAUAAUAAUAAAGGAUAGUUUUGAUAUUUUGUUAAAGGAAUUGUUAGACAUAGUUUGAAAUAUGCUUCUUUCCAUUUUAGGGCUAUCAAGAAUUAACACCACUCUCACGUCUAUACCUAAAAAGCUACUGUCAGCACCUGGUUAGGUUCGUAUAGCAAAAAGACAGGACAUGGGGAAACAGCUAGACCGUCUCCGGAGUUAUGUGCAGGAUUUUGUCUCGACUGGGAGCAGCAGCAUUCUCAAGUCUUGUCUUUAUGCUAAGCUGGUAUAACCAGCUCCUUGCUGUUGUUACAUAUUAACCGUACAGACAUGAGAGGGGUCAUCCAAGUCUCAGCAAGAAAGAGAAGUCUAUUUCCCAAAAUGUACACCUGCUGUGUGAUAGCAAAUACCAAUAUGUCAAAGACUUUUGGAACGGCAACGAAUCAACGUUAAUCAUCAUCAGCAACAGCCACAUUUUUCACAAAAGUUCCUGUGUGAUCCUUUGAGCUAAAAUGUCUCCCUCUGCACUGCGUCUUCAUGCUUUGUUCAGGGCUGACCUGCAGUGGUAUUCAGCUGCUCACAUUUAUUUGAAAUGGCAAGAUACAGCUCAUCAACAAAAUGACUACCCAAGUCUUUUAAUGACACUCAAUGACAAUACUACGGCUGGAUAAUUGGCCAUUAAAGGAAAGAAAAAUCAAAGAGCUGGCAAGCGGAGAACAGACGAGAGGAAUGAGAAAAAGGGAGGGCCAGACAGACGGCAGAUCACAGACAAAAGGAGAGAGAUUCGGGGAUGCUGAGGAACAGUUGUUUCACUUUUGGCAUGGUCUCCUCUGAUCAAAUGCAAAUGUUUGUAGAGGAAUAUGAUUAUAGUUUUUUAUUUUAUUACCUUCUAUUAAUUAGAUAUGCCAUAUCUCUUUACUCCAUUCAACAAAAAAAGAUUUUCCCGAAAGUGUGGCUACUUGUGAAUUUCCCCAGUUUGGAAUCAACAAAGUCUGUCUUCCUUUUGGCAUCUGUGUGUGCAUCUGUUCUCGACACUCCCUGCAUAUUUUCUAUACUUUAUGACUGUAGAGAAUCUGGUAUUUUCUCCUUCUCCUUGAAAACAUCUUUCUUUGGAUCCAGGUGUGGGGAGCAUUUCAAGAUUCUAACUGUGCUCUCUGUGACCAGAUUCAACUAAACUCUGACAAGUGGAAGUCUUUUGACGUCUGAGCUUUUAGUUUUGUGCUGUCUAAAAAAGAAGAGGAUGGAAGGCCCACUGCUGCUGCUCACAAGACUGAUGGUCAUCACAGCUUGCUUUCAAUGUCUCCAUGCGUCAGACACUUGCAGUGAGGAGGUGGCUCGUCUGUGGGAACACAAGAAGCUUCUGCAGGGCCAGCUUCAGAAACAAGAACUCCUCCUACACAGACUACAACUGCUGAACCAACCUGGCAAGGAGGACAAAGCCAGAUCCAACCAGAGCCAGGACAUACAAUACACAGACUGCUCCCAGCUCUUCAAUUCUGGCUCCAAAUCGAGUGGUCUCUACAUAAUCAAGCCCCAUGGCAGCCCUCAUCCAGUCAGAGUCUACUGUGAUAUGAGUGAUGGAGGUGGUUGGAUUGUCCUUCAGAGACGGAUCAAUGGAACAGAGAGGUUUAACAGGUCAUGGGCAGAGUACAAGGAUGGCUUUGGAGACUUGAAUGCAGAAUUUUGGCUCGGAAAUGACAACCUGCAUUACAUCACUACACAAGGGAAUUAUUCUCUGAGGAUUAACCUGGAAGACUUUGACGGCUAUCAACGCUAUGCAGAGUACAAGAACUUUAAAUUGGCCAAUGAAAAGGAUCACUACCGACUUACCUUUGGAGCCUAUGUAGGUACAGCGGGAGAUGCUAUGUCUGGAAGUGAUCGGGCUGAUGUGUCAGUGUGGGCCAGUCACCAAGGCAUGAAAUUCAGCACCUAUGACCAAGACAAUGAUAACUACAAAGGAAACUGUGCCCAGGAAGACAAAGGAGGCUGGUGGUUCAACAAGUGUCACUCAGCCCAUCUGAAUGGCAUGUACUACCCCAAUGGGCACUACAGUGCAUUGACAGAUGAUGGUGUAGUCUGGUACAGUUGGAGAGGAUGGUGGUACUCCCUGAAGACCAGCAUGAUGAAGCUGCGGCCCAGCGACUUCACAACUGACCCCACUGAUGACCCCAAUGCUGUUCAUAGCAAACCACCUGCCUAGAUCAGACACGAGCAGAUAUCACGUCUUCUUGGCUUCAGUAUUUUGGGAAGAAACAGCUUGGCAAACAUGUAUUAAUUGGUGUGAAAUCAAAUUUCAAAAAUCAAAAAACAAACCUAAUGGGAUUAUUGUAGUAUUUUUAAACCUGGCCCCUAUUUUCACAUGUUUUGCUGUGUAAAUGACUAUUAAAUACAAAAGGUUUUGGAAUAAAUGCAGUAGAUGGCUUCAGCCAGCAGCAACAUAUUCCUCUGAGGCAAUUGCUCCUGUCAAAAUUACGUUUACAAAAAGUGCUUUUGAUUGCCACUGACAGGCUCAGUCUGUUAUGUGAGGUAUCUAACAACAUCAUGAAAAGAACCUUUCCACUGUUGUCUUCCUGCAACACCUCAAUACUCACGAGAAUUCAGAGCAAGAUUUGACCUUGAUCAAUACUUCAGUUUCCUUUUAAAACCACUUGCAAGGAUCCUUUCCAUGAUGUUGUUAGACACCUUGUGUAACAGUCUGAGCCCAUCACUUUUGGUGGAGAAAUACGUUGCAGCCACUGCAACCGGAUCGUGCCAGUCAGCUGAAGACAUCUACUGCAUGGAUUCCAAAACUGUACCUACUAAUCAGUUUUACACCAAAAAUAUGUGAAAAUGGGGCACAGGGUAAAAUUCCCAAAAUUACCCUUUAAACAUAAAUCUAUUUUUAUUAUCCUCUCAAAUCCCACGAGGACUUGUUUGCACACUAAGCACUAAUCAACCCCAUUGACACAUGGUGACAAAUAUUCUGUGCUAUCAGAUUGUAUCUGGAUGGAGGAAUGUGGCAGUAACUAAGUCGAGUAAUAUAGCAUUUAUGAGCUAAAGAUUAUCUCAAUCAAAUUUCAACAACAUAGUAAAAUCUUUAAAGACAUACUUGUAAGGGGACUUGUGAAACUUUUUGCCUGUUUAGGAGACAUGAAUGUUGCAAGAGGAAGUAACACAGACAAAUGUCUGUUUUGGUGGAGGAAUCAGUGUGUGCCUGACACAGGCAGAAAGAUUGGACUGAAGGCGAUGAAAGGAGCCAUUAUCAUGUCCUUGAAAAUGUCUGUAACAAGAACGGUUAGUGUUAAAAAUUAUAAAAAAGAGCAGCUGAGUGCGGUACUGGGAGUUUGCCCAACUGCUAUGUGCUGUUUUAACAUAAGCAACUGAAAUAUAAGAAUUCUGCCUGUGGCUACAAAUAUUCAAUAUCUUCUUUUUUAGAGGGGCAACUAAAUCGAGUAUCAUUUGCAGUGAGCCAGCAGCACUAUUAACAAGAUGAUCAAUAUGGGAGGGACUGAAGUUAGCAUAACAGUUCUCUGUUAUGUUGACACAUGGUAUUGAAUUAAAUGAAGACGCAAUCACUUCUGUAAAUUUAGCUACAGCAUUAUCAGAGGGACAUCUAGAAUAGGAAUUUCUGCCUAAGGGUGCGUAGUUCAGCAAUAGGAACUCAAAAGAUAUUAAACAGUGGUCAGAUAAAAUAUGAUUCUGUGGAAAGACUAUUAAAUGUUCAAUUUCAUGCCAUAAGCCUGAACAAGGUUGAGGGUGUGGUUAAAACAGUGACUGGGUUUAUGAACACUCUGACAGAAGCCCAUCCAGUCUAAUAAUGAGAUAAACGCAGUACUAAGGCUGUGAUUGUCAAAAUCCACAUGAAUGUUAAAAUCACUUCAUUAAUUACUUUAUCUGUUUUAAGGACUAAACUUGAAUAAAAAAUCUGUUACAUUUUCCGAAUAUGGACCAGGAACGUGGUAGGCUUUUACAUGACUGAAAACACAGGACUGUACACAACAAUAUAUGUUACUUGAGGGGAAAACCAUAUAACUAUAAAGAAUUCCUUUUAGGGUUUUAGUAAACUCUGUACUUCAUAUCACACGUACAGGUUAUUAUUAACAACUCUUCUUGGGAACAUACAUCCAGCUUUAUCUCCCUGCCAUUUGGAUUAUAACCAUGAUUCAUAAAUAAAAACAAGGAAACACUUCC